UCGUUUUUGGCCGGCGUCAUCGCCAAGCGUGCUCUGCGUCGCAUCCAUCCAUCCAUCCAUCCAUCCAUUCUUCCGUCCAUCGGGUUCGCCCCCCCCCAAAGCCAUCCCCCAACCAGCCCAUCGUAGUUGACUCCCAUCAUGAGCAGAGAGGAAGAAUACGACCUUAUUUUCAAAGUUGUGCUUAUCGGCGACUCUGGCGUCGGAAAGUCAAAUCUCCUUGCCCGAUUCACGCAUAAGGAAUUCAACAUGGACUCGAAAUCAACCAUUGGCGUCGAGUUUGCCACCAGAACCCUCCAAAUCGACGGAAAGAACAUCAAAACCCAGAUCUGGGACACGGCCGGCCAGGAGCGCUACCGUGCCAUCACAAGCGCAUACUAUCGCGGAGCCGUUGGAGCACUUCUUGUCUAUGACAUCUCCAAGCAGCAGACCUUUGAAAGCGUCAAUCGCUGGCUGAAGGAGCUGCGAGACCAUGCCGACAGCAAUAUCUCGGUCAUGCUCGUCGGAAACAAGAGCGACUUGAAGCACAUGCGAACCGUCCCCACUGAAGAAGCCAAGCAGUUUGCCACCGACAAUGGAAUUUCCUUCAUCGAGACCUCCGCUUUGGAUGCCAGCAACGUCGAGCUUUCUCUGCACCAAAUCUUGACCGAGAUCUAUCGAAACUCGGUAAACACCGCCGCUGCCCAGAUGGAGGCUUCCCCCUCUGGCCCUGUCAAGCCCACCGGCGGCAUCAAGAUCACCCAGACCGAUACCACCGCCAAACCCGCUGCUGGCAAGUGCUGCUGAGCGCUCAGUCAAGCGACACAUGGCCAUUUCGAUCCUCUCCGAAGCAUUCUCGUCUCUCCACACAUGCGCCGAUAGCUCUUCCUCUCCCCAACGCCAUCUUGUUUGUUUCUUGUAUUGAAGUGCAAAUACAAUGUACUGCCA